GAGGCGCCGCGGUGAGUCCCGGCCUCGGCCUGGCCGCGGCCGGCCGUUGGCGUCACUGACUUCGUCACCUGUCUCUGGCCGGUCUCCUCCCGCCAUCACACCGCCCCGCACUCCCCGCUGCCGGGCCCGAACUUGCCCCCUUCCGGUCGCCGCUGUGCCGGCCCUCACCGCCAGCCCGUCGGCACCCGCCGCCGAUGCGGGCCGCCAGGCGCGCCCACCCGCAGUCGGGAGGCCGAGGCCUCCGGGAGGAAGUCAGUCCCCAGCUGGAAGCCUCGGGCGGCCCGGGCGGAGACGGGCUGCGGGGCGGCGGCGGGGGCCUCCCGGCCCGGGUCAUGGGGAGGGCAGCGGGCCCCGCCAGGCGUGACUCGGGCCCGGGCCCGCAGGGGCGGGCAGCAGGGUGCGGGCUCCCCGCCGCGCCAGCGGCUGCACUCCGCGAGCUCGGGAGGGCCGCCGGGCAGAAUGUCACGAUGGACGAGGGGGGCACGCCCCUGCUCCCCGACAGCCUCGUCUACCAGAUCUUCCUGAGCCUGGGCCCCGCUGACGUGCUGGCCGCUGGGCUGGUGUGCCGCCAGUGGCAGGCUGUGUCCCGCGAUGAGUUCCUGUGGAGGGAGCAGUUCUACCGCUACUAUCAAGUGGCCCGCGACGUGCCGCGACACCCAGCGGCCACAUCCUGGUACGAGGAGUUCCGGCGGCUGUACGACUCGGUGCCCUGCGUGGAGGUGCAGACACUGCAGGAGCACACGGACCAGGUCCUGCACCUCAGCUUCUCCCACUCGGGGUACCAGUUUGCUUCCUGCUCUAAGGACUGCACGGUGAAGAUCUGGAACAAUGACCUGACCAUCUCCUUGCUGCACAGCGCGGACAUGAGGCCCUACAACUGGAGCUACACCCAGUUCUCCCAGUUCAACCAGGACGACUCGCUGCUGCUGGCCUCGGGUGUGUUCCUAGGGCCGCACAACUCCUCGUCUGGUGAGAUUGCAGUCAUCAGCCUAGACUCCUUCGCCCUGCUGUCCCGGGUGAGAAAUAAGCCCUAUGAUGUAUUUGGCUGCUGGCUGACAGAAACUAGCCUCAUCUCGGGGAAUCUACACCGCAUCGGCGAUAUCACUUCCUGCUCUGUGCUGUGGCUCAACAAUGCCUUCCAGGACGUGGAGUCGGAGAACGUCAACGUGGUAAAGCGGCUCUUCAAGAUCCAGAACCUCAAUGCCAGCACCAUCCGCACAGUGAUGGUGGCUGACUGCAGCCGCUUCGACAGCCCUGACCUCCUGCUGGACGCGGGUGACCAGGCCGUGCCCCCCUGCCGCGUCUUCGACCUGGGCUGCGACAGUGAAGACGAGGCAGUGGGCCCAGUGCUGCGAGCCCCGGUCCAUGCCAAGGCAGGCCUGCGGCAGGCACUGGAUGGCAUGUUGGAUGGACACACACAGCUGUCAGAGCGUGUGCUGGAGACGAGGGUGGCUGAGCUGCUGGCCCAGGGCCAUACCAAACCCCCGGAGCGCAGCGCCGCCAAGAACAAGUACCUCAUCUUCACCACUGGCUGCCUCACCUACUCGCCGCACCAGAUCGGCAUCAAGCAGAUUCUGCCACACCAGAUGACCACAGCAGGACCCGUGCUGGGUGAGGGUCGGAGCUCUGACGCCUUCUUCGAUGCACUGGAUCAUGUCAUUGAUGUGCAUGGGCACAUCAUUGGCAUGGGACUGUCCCCUGACAACAGCCGUGCCUGGCCGCCAGGCUCCGUGGUGGCUGACCCCAUGCAGCCACCACCCAUCGCAGAGGAGAUUGAUCUCCUGGUGUUCGACCUCAAGACCAUGCGGGAGGUAAAGCGGGCCCUGCGUGCACACCGCGCCUACACACCCAAUGACGAGUGCUUCUUCAUCUUCUUGGACGUCAGCAGGGACUUUGUGGCUAGCGGGGCGGAGGACCGGCACGGCUACAUCUGGGACCGGCACUACAACAUCUGCCUGGCAAAGCUGCGGCAUGAGGAUGUGGUCAACUCGGUGGCUUUCAGCCCCCAGGAGCAGGAGCUGCUGCUGACUGCCAGUGACGAUGCCACCAUCAAGGCCUGGCGCUCACCCCGCACCACGCGCAUCUUCCAGGCCCCUCGUCCCCGCCCUCGGCCGUUCUUCUCCUGGUUUGCCAGCCACAGGCGCUGAGAGCAGCAGUGACCUGAGCUGUUGGGACUCACGAGGGCGACAGGGCCUCUGGCUCUUUCUUGAGUGGGCAGAGCACCUUGCAGCAGUGAAGCCUUAGAAUGGGGCACCUGCCCCUGCACGCUCAAGCACGCAGCUGCUCACGCGUCAAGCUCGGCACUCGGUGGCUGCUGAGGGCAGCACCACAGACCCCAUGCCAACCCCACGGCAGCCUGGGUACACAAGACACUGCAGCGCCCUCCCACGCACCCUCCUGGCUGGAAGGUCACACAGCCCCGGGCCAGUCAACUAGCUACUUGGCGCAUUCAGUGCGACGCAACCUCGGGGGCCUGGGCCUGGGAUGGCUGCCUAGAGGAAGCAGGGCUCCGGCCUGGGACUGACUUGGGCUCCCAUGUGCACUCCCUGCCCGUGAGGCCCUGAAUAAAGAGCUGACUGCAGCAA